AUGGAGCCGGAACAACCUAUCGGAGGAUGCCAUCAAAACAGCCCACGACUUCGGCAUCACGAGGAAUUUCGACGCAGAGUUGUUGAACUCCUGGCCUGGCAUCAAAAAAGUAUCGACUCCUUCUGCGAAGACCAGCCUUCCGGAAAGAUCAAGGGCUGCGAACCACCACUCUCUGACUACCGCGCCACAGCCCGGUUCUAUUCUAACACGUCCAUGCUUCGCGACACCUUCGAUCUCACGAUGGACUUCAACGUACAAAUGUGCCUCGAUGCACCAAGAGAUUUGGGCAUCAACCUCGAUCUUGGAGGCAUCGGCAUGUUGGUGUCAUACGUCUCGCAGGUCUCGGCUGUCCUCGCAAUAUGCCUCAUCUGGCAUUGUCUGAACGACUGGGCUCACAUGACAGCCCGGACCUUCUACAGGAUCCGCAAGAGAUCUGUAGAUCACAGCAAAGCCGCUCGGGACUUCCAGCAGAGAUUGAUCGACAGCCGCUAUUACGCAUCGUUUAUCAAGCUACUUGCAGAAUUCCAGAAGGCGCAGGUCUUUUUCAUAUCCGCAGUCGAAGUUGCAGCUUUGAUAGCAUUGCAUGAUCCCUCGAAGCUCGCCGACGAUUCCAGUGGAGAAACUCCAGACUCUCCUGGGGCCACGAAUGCACUCCUGAACAACACUGACAUCUUCAUGAAUCUAGCGUUUGCAGGCACUCUUCCCAUCGUGCUUUGCCUGCUGGUCUUGAGGCUAGCAGGGAAGAAGGACUCCUACACUGUCGCCAUCACAACAUGUCCGAUUGCGCUAGCCCUGCCAUAUGGGGUCUUGCUCGCAGCAAGCUCAAUCGAGGCGGUCUUCCCGAUAUCAAGUUGGGUGGCGGUCCACGAGAGUGUGCGAAUGUGA